CCUCACCUUCUCAAAAGGUAGUUAAACGACAGGUCUGAAGCCCGGUGAUUAUGGGGUUUGCCUUAAAGGGCAGGAGACAGAAACUGAUUAUGCUCGUGCUACCCUGCACCUCACUCACACGGCAGCGGUGUCGAAACUCCUGGGCCCAUGGGACUCUUUUCACCUUUGUCUGAGCUCCUGGGCGAAAUGGCCUUGUAGCCGAGCAACUGUCCCACACCUGCAGUGUGCGAGGCUGAGAGAGGAGCACAGGUGCACACCACAACUAGCCACUCGUGUUCCAAGUUCAGAGUCCUCUUAAGAGUUCAACGGUAGGCUACGGCACUGCAACAGACUAGUUAGUUCACAAAAAUCAUUCAUCACGUUUAAUAUUGACAGCCCUCUAACCUUCUGUGUCUUUGUGUCUUUUUUUGAAUCUUUUUUGAUAGUCUCAUGGCACCAGAAGACUCAGUAAAAUCUGCUGUUAGAACUAAACGUGGUGAGGCAGCUUUUAGCUACUAUGCGGUUCAGCUCUGGAACCAACUUUCGGAUGACAUCAAAAAGGCCCCAUCUGUAGCCAGUUUUAAAUCUAGACUUCAGACCAAACUGUUUUUAGAUGCUUUCUGCUACCUUUACAGAGUUACAAAUUCUGAAUGAUUCUACCUUGUGUCUUAUGUUUUCUAAUGUUUAAUUAGUAAACUAUUCUUUGACUAUUGCCCUUCUAUGUUUUUAUUAGCUAUUACUGUUUGCUUUUAUUUAUGUAAAGCACAUUGAAUGCCCUUUGUGUAUGAAAUACUAUAUAAACUUGACUAGACUUGACUUGACCAGAAGACUGAAUUCCCCAAUUGAAAGGUGUUCUUUCAUACUCAUACACAAGUCUUAUUUUGGUGUUUGAUGAGGGAGGCUAAGAGACAAGCUAUUGGCUAUGUGUUAUGUAUAUGUUUUGGGGCAGCUAUGGCCUACUGGUUAGGGCUUCAGGCUUGAAACAGAAGGGUUGCUGGUUCGAUCCCCGAUCAGUAGGAAAAAUAUGGGUGGGGGAAGUGGUUGAGCACGGCUCUCCUAUGCCCACAUCCACGGCUGAAGUGCCCUUGAGCAAGACACCACCCUCACUGCUCCCUGUGCGCCACUGUAGCAAGACAGCUUACUGCUCCGGGUUAGUGUGUGCUUCACCUCACUGUGUCUGUGUGUUCACUGUGUGCUGUGUGUGUUUCACUAAUUCACAGAUGGGAUAAGUGCAGGGACCAAAUUCCUGGUAUACGCAAGUAUACUUGGACUAUAAACCUGAAUUAUGUUUUCAUCCAGUUUUCAGUAGCAAUAAACAAACUAUUACACUUGGUAGAGUGCAUACCUCAGUCCCCUUUGAUACUUUAUCUGAGCAUAAGGGGAAGUUAAAGUAAUACUCAUCUCAGCAAAAGCUAAACUAAAUGUGUGCCGACAGCCAGUUAGUCAGAUCUGCUCCCAAAUGUAAGGUUUUAUUUUUACCUUGCUGCUCAUGCUGCUCCUCACUACUAAGAUUUCAUGAAAAUUGGUUUAGAUUUUCACAAAAUCUCUCUUUCCCAGUUUGUGUGAAAUCCUGUGAACAAAUCAACUAACCAAAAAAUAGAUGGCCAUGGGAAGAAAUAUAACCUGAUUGUGGAGGUCUUUGUGUAUGUGACAUUUUUGAACAGGGAGUGUUACCUAGAGAAAAUCAUGAGCCUGACUUUGUUUAUUAUGGACAGAAAAGUUACCUAACGUGCAAUCUAACGUCUUUGAUGAGUAUUUAACUUCUUUGAAAAGCCUGUGUGUAAACUGCGUUGGCUACGCUUAUACAAGUAUUACAUGACCGAGGGAUGGGAGGAUGGGUGGAGUCCGGGUGGAGGCAGUGCACUUUCAUAACCUGGGGGAACUUUAAAUAGCGGAAGACUGGAGGACAAAAAUAAACAAAACUUCUCCCAGGCUAACGACACCCACUGGAGAAAAUGUGAGUAAUACAAAUUCAGACCACUAUUUGUGUUUUUUUUACAAAAGUUUAAAUGAGUAUCUAUCAACUAAGAUGUUUAUAUGCAUCAUUAGUGAUGCGUCACAACAUAAUCAUGAAACACCACAAGCAUUUUUAGGCUCACUUAAAGGCUGUUGCAAAUUAUUGAUGUUGAAUUUGACUUUUUAUGUUAAGAGCUGCCUUUUUUCUUGUUUAUUUCACAACUGUCAUCUGUUCCAGGGUCUACGUAGCAGGAAUAGUUGUGUUUGUGUUCGCCCUGGCAGUGGAGGCCAAAGUUGGUGAUUCUAGUGAGUCCAGCUUCUGCACAGAGUCAAAGGAAUGUCUUCUGUAUAACCUCACUUGCACUGGGAACGGCUAUGAGGUGCGCAGGUACGAGGAGACCAAAUGGGUGUCUGUCGACGUGGAAUCCGCCUUCAUGGAAAUGGCCAUCAGCAAAGCUUUCUGGAAACUCUUCAGAUACAUCAUGGGAUCCAAUGAUGCUGGCAUGAAGAUUGACAUGACUGCGCCCGUUAUCAUCAAAGGCCCGGACAGCAGAAGCAUGUUGCAGUCAUCAGGCUUUACCAUUAGCUUCCUGCUGCCGUCCACCUUCCAGCUCAAACAGACUCCUAUUCCCAACCCCACUGAAAGCAGCGUUUACCUCAGUGAGACGCCUUCAAUGCAGGUUUAUGUGAAGAGCUAUGGGGGCUGGAUGUCAUUUAUUUCCUCAAGGAUGCAGUCUAGUGCGCUGAGGAUGGCUCUGCGUGCUGCUGGUGCGUCCUACACCACUGGGUUCCACUAUGAUGUUGGCUAUAACAGCCCUAUGAAGAUGACAGACAGGCACAAUGAGGUGUGGUACUUAGUGGAGGGAAAGCCUGUGUGUUCGGCUGUAUGAAAACUCUCACGAGAGGGAGUUGACACCGAGGAGGGAGCUCUUUCCACAUGUUAAAUCAGCUAACUACUUGAUGUUACAGGGACUAUUCAUUAAGCCAUGUCUUCUGUAGAGGGUAUAGUAUGACCCCAUACACUAGUCCUGUUUUAGGACCGUUUUUUCCAAAUGUAUUCAUCUUAUUAACACGGCGGCCAUUGUGUAAACCAAAACGAGGCUACAGUUUACACUUAUUAUAUCAUCAUUGCAUUUUCGCCACCUACUGGCGAAUGUAUAGAACACAACAAUCCUAUGGUUGUGUACCCUGUAGUCUCGUUUUGGUUUAUAAUGGCCGCUGCGUGAAUAAGUCGAAUAGUCUUGAUAGUUCAGACUGAUUUUGAUAUUCAUAACAUUGCAACACUGUAUUUUGUUGGGAACAAAAUAAAUGUUUUGUUAUUUCUUUAGCAUUA